CUUCGCGUGUGAAGGUCGUACUUGUUUUCAGCCAGUUUUGUUUUGAACUGCGCGGUUUGUGUUGAAAGACUUGUUUGACAAUAAAACACUUAGUUCAUUUUGACUUUUGUGUAUUGGAUUUGUUUUAAGGGAGAAGAUAUACCAACAAAUGGAUCAACCGAAACCAUUGCACUGCUAAAUAUGGAGAUGAAUGACUAUUUGAAAAGAGUUCAAACUAAUCUAGUCGUGGACGAUAAGAUUACGUUGAAAAAUGAAGCCUGUUCAUAUAUAAAUGUAAAAAAUCCAAGUUUCAAUAAUAUGUUGUUUCUUCUGAUAAGGACAGUGAUGGAAGUAUUUUGUGUUUUAAGAAUGUGGACGGUGUUAAUGAUGAUAGUGAGUGUAAGUGCUUAUGGGGAGCAGCGAUUUGCACUGGAGCCUCAAGACCAGAGUGCUGUUUUGGGAUCGAGAGUCAUACUACCAUGCCGGGUGGAGAGCAAGUCGGGACAGCUUCAGUGGACCAAGGAUGACUUUGGACUUGGGACACACAGGCACCUGUUGGGGUACGAGAGGUAUAAGAUGGUUGGCAGCGAUGAAGAAGGAGACUAUUCUUUGGACAUCAGAGACGUGAGUUUGGAUGAUGACGCUAUGUAUCAGUGCCAAGUCAGCACAGGAUUAAAGGGUGAGCCAGCGAUCCGAUCGAGGUAUGCCCGUCUGACAGUUCUGGUGCCACCUGACCCGCCGAAGAUCUUGAGAGGACCAGUGCUGCAAACGGUAGAAGAUAGAGAUGUAGACCUGGAGUGUGUUUCUGUGGGGGGGAAGCCAGCUGCCGAGAUCACCUGGGUUGACAACGAAGGCGGCGUGCUGAGUCAGGGAGUCACCUACACCGUGGAAGAGAUGUCAGAUGGAAGAAGAUUUACUGCGAGAUCGACUCUUCGGUUACGUCCUAGAAGAAGUCACCAUAACCAGACAUUUACGUGUCAGGCACAGAACACAGCUGACAGAGCGUACAAAUCUGCUGUCGUCAGACUCAAGGUACAAUUCGCUCCACGUGUGAGGAUUGCAGUAAAGUCAAGCUCAUCUGUGGGAAGAAUACAGGAAGGAGACACGGUCACUCUUAAUUGCCAAGCCGCAGCCAAUCCAAGUAAUAUGACAUUCAUUUGGUACGUAAACAGCGAACGAAUGGUGGAUGCUAAGAGUCAUGAAAUGAUAAUAUCAAAUAUUAGUCGUUCGUUCAACAGCGCUACGAUCAGAUGCGAAGUGCAUAAUAUUGUCGGGCGGAGCUCUGAAACUAAAACUUUGGAAAUUGUCUAUGGGCCCUCAUUUAGGACAAGGCCACAGAACGUAGAAGGCGAGCUGGGCACUAGUGUUACCCUCUCGUGCCUGGUGGAGGGACAUCCCCAACCCAAGAUAACUUGGCUGAGAUACGAUCAGGAUAAAGCUAUUAGGGUCGGAAAAACAUCAAACCUUACACUGACUGUGACAACCCAAAGUGCAGGUCAAUAUUGGUGCAGAGCUAGUAUAGACGGACGGACAGACAUCGAAGCAGCCGCUGUAGUGUAUUUGAAAGGGCCUCCAAAAAUAAUUUCAAACGAAACUCAGUACGGCGUAGAAGGAGACAGCGUGAGAAUCGAAUGUACGUCCUUCUCUGUCCCGAAGCCGAGCCACGUCAUAUGGGCUUAUCAAGGAAAUGAAAUCAAUUCCUUUCACAAUCAAGAAUACGUCUUUCUAGAAGAAUCACUCGCAGACCGAUUGACAAAAUCAACUCUCAUUGUACGGAACAGCGCGCCGAAACAUUUCGGUGUUUACAACUGUACUGUUAUCAACGACUAUGGGACAGAUACUGCGCACAUUGUGCUCAUGAGAGACAAGUCCGCGUCUCUUCUCCUGAUAACAUGCGGAGCAUCAUCAGUAGCCAUUCUGGUCCUCAUCAUCAUGCUUGUGACCAUGUUGUGUCACCGCAAGAACAACAAGUGUGACGUCAAGAAGCCGGACAUCGACGACAUGAAGAGUGACAGGAACUCAAACGUCAGCGAUCUGAAGUUUGAGUUGAGACAAGUUGAGGGUAGUUGUGAAAUGGACACAGAAGAACUUCACCCCACUCUCCAACUCACCACAAACCUCGGCCUGCCUCUAGCUGGACCAGUUCCUCUUCCAGAACCAGGGUACGAUAUGAAGUACCAAAGAUACAGUGGGGACUUCACACAGAUCAACAUGCCAUUUAAGCCAGAAGGGUCCAUAAAUGGCUACGUGCCAUACGUGGACUACGCUAGAGACUACGCCCCACCAUCCAGUGACUCCCUCACCGGUUCAAUGUCAAGGAAUACUGACGUCACGUACCAGAGCCACUGCGGGUCCCUGCAUCGUCAGAAGAGACUCGGUGCCAUGGUUGGACCCGAUUUGAUACCAAUGCCGAAUCCUACCCAACCAAUAAUGAUGAACGGCAUGGAUGUCCGCUAUGCUGCCACAUAUGGCAACCCCUACUUAACAGCCACUGGACCACAGCAUCAAUACCCACAACAGCAAAAUACGUCAUCAAAAAAUGCUCCACCGCCAUAUUACACAUUGAAGAGUAUAUCAAGUCAUCCAACAGCAAAUAGCAUGACGUCAUCGUCUUCUCGGCCAAUCAAUGGGCAACCUGACCUGUCUAUGGAAGCCGUUCAUUGUCAAGUUCCGAGCAUGUCGCCACAAAACAGUUCGCGGUAUAUAUUGCCACAGUCAAACCAGGGAUUGUCAUCUAAGCUAGCUGCAAAAGGUAUCGGAUCAAGUGCAACACAUGUUUAAAUAAAAAAUUUCAAAUAGUUAUGGAAUUGUAAAAAAAAUAUAGCGUGAUCUCAAAUCAAAGAUGUAGAAGCCUAAAAAUUGGAGCUUUAAAUGUAUUUAAAUGUUUAUAUAAACGGCCAAAUUCCUUAUGACGCCUACGGAUAAGGUAUUUUAGAUUAUUGUUCACGGUUAUUAAAUAUGUUUUGCUACUCCUCUGCUGUUCUCUAUAUCUGUCAUUGAUAUAGCCCCGAUCAGUAAUAUAAGUACAUACAUUAUUAAGUCUUUCGAAAAGUCAAUGGUCUAAAAAAGCAUAGUUUACCUUAUAUAAUAUCGCCAAAAAAGCACAGUUGUUUUGGUUCCACAGACAACUAAAUCUAGGUUAGGUAUGGUAGGUUCAUAGAAAUAUCAGUUAAUACGUAGAACAUACAUAAUAUUUUCAUGUUUAAAUCAUAAGACUUAACAUUUUAAUGUCAACUUAAGAAAACGAUUAACGAUUAACCAAUUUAUAAUUUGCGCGUUGCGUCAUUCAUUGCGUUUUUCAUCCUCUUUAAACAACUCUUGCAUAAAAUAUUAUUUAACAUGAGUAAUACUAGUUUGACAAAAUCAUAAAUAAAUAGUGCUUUAAACUAUACUUACAAGGAAAAUAAAAUCUACUAUAAUUUUAGCAAAACAAUUAAAAUUAUCAAAUCGACUAGUUGGUUCACGCAGGUUUCACUUGUACAUGUAGAUAAUGCGCGAGUUGAGUGCAGAGUUCAGGCAUGCGAUAGUGCUGUUACCUAAUUAUAAUCGAUAACCAUAAUAAUGAGUGUGUCGAUAAAUUUUAAAAAUGCUUCAACUAUACCAUUUCACACUUGGCCAUCACACACAUGUAUUAAACAUUUUUCGCGAUUUCUCAUGGUUUGCGAUGAAUAAAUACUCAUUUUUGAAGUUAUACUUCUUUAGGCGCGUUAUGAAAAAAUGGUGGGAGUGGUUUCUUCGUCCAUUAUUAGGAGAGGCAAAGUUUUGAAGCCCAUCCAGCCGAAUUCAUUAUUAAUUAAUUGUCAAAGCAAGAUUGCAAGAUUUUUACAAAAUUGUUCUUUCUUACAACAUAGAAUAGCACGAGGUAAAAAUCAUUUUAAUGAAUGACUUUUGCUUCGUUAGGCCGAAGGAGUAUAACUACUUGCGUGCGUAAAUAAGUAUACACACACUUUUUUAUUUGAAACGGAACCUGAUGCCCUUGUAUCAGUCAUUAUAAAAAAUCUAAAACGUAGCACGGGCUCGCAACUUUAGUAUUAAACGACAACAUGGUAAGCAUCGACUACGGCACAGCACUAUAUUGUAGGCGCGUGAGGCGAGGCGUGCAGACAAUGGGGGGAGAUGCUCCCGCUCUACACGCCAGACCCCGACUGCAUUCAACUCGCGUGCUAUCUAUACAGUUUUAUGAUAUCAAAACUUACAUAUUCACUGUAGUUAGUACACGGCACUCCUUAACUUAAGUUGGUGACUGAUAUUGGCAAUGAAAAGACAUAUUUCAAUAAUUUAGCGUGUUACUCGAAAACUGAUUUGCAAGAGCAAUCACAGUAAGCAUAUUUUUAGCAAAUAUCAACCUUCUUUAAAAAGUAUAUGAACUAGUUUCCAUUCCAUAAUAAUUUUCAAUGCAGUACUUGUAAAAGGUCUUCAUCGCGAUAUUAAUUGGCGACGACGAAUGAUGUUAUUAAAUUUAUUGAAAUUUCAAGAACUGUCUCAUCAUAAUAUUAUAGUUCUCAACUUUCGUGAAUAAAACGUUAUUUGUAAGGAAAUAGGAUAGUUACAAAGUGUAAAUAUAGUGAGUUGUUAAUAUUUUCCCAUCAGGAUCGAGAUUUAUUAAAACGACGAUUUUUAUAAAGAUAAAUUUUGUAUUAAUAUUAUGUAAGCUUACAAUAAUUUUAAUAAGAACAAAUUUUGACUAAAAUUUUUUUUAUUUUUAAGAGACAUUGAAUGAAUUGUGAGAAAAUAUUAGUAAUUUCACAGUAAAUAAUUAAGACUGAGAUAAAAUAAUUAAGCUAUUAGUGUGUGAUGAUUUGUCCUAUUGUGCGGAAAUGUUAAGAAAUUGUGUGCUGUUUUCUAGAGUAGAGACAAUACAAAGUCCUGAUUAAAACAAUUGGAUCUUACUCUCUGUUUUGAAGAAUAAGAAAAGAGGAAUAUAAAACUCAUUUGAGGGUAAUUUUAGAAAGGAAUCAAAGAUUAGUAUUGUGUUUAAGUUGUGUAUGAUUUAGAUGUAAUUUGUAUAAAGUUUUAAUGUACAACUUAGUUACGCGUCAGUAUAGGUGCAACCAAAUCCUUUUCUAUGCUUUUGUCAUGUACUAUUUUAUGUUUUUUUUUUUUUAUAUUAAUAAGCAGUCCAAUGGGCCUUCCGCGAGAUCAAUGCACUUUUUACAUAUAAAUUUUAAUAUAAUUUUUUCGUAUUUUAAUAUAAAAUCUUUUAUAUUUAACUAUGAAAUAUAUAAAUACGAUUUUAUUUUUAUAUUUUUUGUGGGAAAUGAAAUCUUCAGGUUUUCUACUUUUGUUUUUGCAAUU